AUGGCUUCCAAAUUGGAUAACGCAACGGCAAGUCAUCUGACGGCUUUGAAGGGAAUCCCACGGAAUAGCAGCUAUGUGAUACCUGGUCUCUAUGAUCUCUCCACGGAGGAUACCAACUGGGUGUUGACCUCGUCCUUUAUUAUAUUCACAAUGCAAACGGGCUUUGGCAUGCUAGAGUCCGGCUGUGUGUCCAUCAAGAACGAAGUGAACAUAAUGAUGAAGAAUGUGAUUGAUAUUGUUUUGGGUGGUUUUACCUAUUGGCUAUUUGGUUAUGGCAUGAGUUUUGGCCGCGGACCGCUAUCGAAUCCAUUUAUAGCCCUGGGAGACUUUCUGCUCGAUCCUCCUGUGGGCGAUGCUCUGAUGGGUCAAAUAUUUGCCGCCUUUCUGUUUCAACUUUCGUUCGCCACAACGGCCACAACAAUUGUGAGUGGGGCCAUGGCGGAGCGCUGCAAUUUCAAGGCCUACUGCAUGUUCUCGUUCCUGAAUACUGUUGUCUAUUGUAUACCCGCUGGCUGGGUAUGGGGUGAGCAUGGAUUCCUUAAUAAUCUUGGUGCGGUCGAUAUAGCUGGAAGUGGACCAGUGCAUUUGAUUGGUGGAGCCUCGGCAUUUGCUUCGGCUGCCAUGCUGGGUCCACGUCUGGGACGCUAUGCCGAGGGAUAUGAUCCAUUGCCCUUGGGCAAUCCGGUGAAUGCCUGCAUGGGUCUCUUUGUGCUGUGGUGGGGCUGGUUGGCCUUCAAUUCCGGCAGCACUUAUGGAGUUAGUGGCGCCAAAUGGCAAUAUGCAGCUCGAGCUGCUGUAAUGACCAUGAUGGGAUCUUUCGGUGGUGGCUUCAUCAGUUCCAUAUACUCCUUUUGGCGUCAUGAAGGACGCAUGGACAUUAUGGAUCUAAUUAAUGGCGUGCUUGGGUCCUUGGUCUCCAUUACAGCUGGUUGCUUUUUAUAUCGUGCCUGGGAAGCGUUGGUAAUCGGUGCGAUUGGUUCAUUAUUUUGCGUUUUGGCCAUGCCGCUGUUCGAUCGCAUGGGCGUAGAUGAUCCGGUGGGGGCCAGCGCCGUGCAUGGCGUCUGUGGCAUUUGGGGUGUCAUUGCAGUGGGUCUCUUUGCCGACAAUCCCAUUCCCCUGGACACCACAAACGGCCGGAGUGGUCUCUUCAAAGGCGGUGGCUGGUAUUUGCUGGGCAUACAGACCCUAUCGGCUCUCUGUCUAGCCUGCUGGGGCAUCUGUUCGACAUUCCUUCUGCUGUAUGUGGUAAAUAAAAUCAUACCCAUACGCAUGGAUCCUCACGAAGAACUGCUGGGAGCCGAUCUAACCGAGCAUCGUAUACGCCACACCCAGAUUGGACUCUCCCGUGCCAUCUCCGCCUUGGCGCCCAUUAAAGUGGAUCUCAAUGAGUUGUCUGGCGUACAACCCAUUGGCAUGAAUCCCGGUCACGAGCGUAGUAUCGAUCAAUUACGUGCCGCAGAGGAUAAACUGCAGCAAUGGCAAUCGUAUCUGGACCAAGUGAUCGGUAGAAAGGAUUCCAAAUCCAAGCAUCAAAAGGAACCCAUGGAGGGAGACAUCAAACUGAAUAUGCAGUCGCCAUCGAAACUUUUGGGCACCGGAAAUGUCUUCAGUCGCCGUCUCCGAUCCGUUCCCCUUAAGGAUCAGACCUUCAGUCAGGGUCUGUAUAGGGUCAACAACAGUGAAUUGCCUGUAAUCGGUAAUCCCAAGUCGGAUAAGGAUGCCAAUUUCGCCUGGGUGGAUUAAACACAAAAUCAAAUUUAGAUUUAAAAACCAAAAGUUGAUCCUAGUAAUUCUUGCUUACCAUCUUUUUGAAAAAUGGUUUGAUAAGUCUAUUUUACUUUCAUCAACUGCGUAGAUACCCACACCCAGAUACACAAGAGAGUACAGUCACCAUGAGUAAUCUCUCCUGUAAUUUCACUGAGUACGCAAACGGCCCUCCUCCUCUGCUUAGCUCCCACAAUUCCAAAAUUUUUAGAUAAGAUAGCUUUGUAAUUGGAGCACAAAUAAUAAAGAUAAGCCAUUCACAAGUUUUGGCCUCUGUUAGUCACUUGUAACUAAAUGAUAAAGAUACAUAUGAGGAACUCGCAGAAACUCGCACGUUAGCAUAUGGUAUUAUAUACAUCGAUGCCUAAAUAGUUAUCAACCAUAUUUAGAUACUUAUCCGUAUUAAUUUUAUAUAUUCCAUAAA